CGUCACUCUUCAUAUUUCCUUCUUUCCAAUGUCGUCUUCUCGCGAAGUUCUCGUUUACAAGAUCGCGCACGACAACGCGCAACCGGGCUCCGAGGACUGGGAAUCCAUGGUCGGCCUCUGGGAAGGCAUCAAGGACUCUGCAGCUGCGAAAGAGACCAUCCAAACCCUGCUGAAGCGCGUCACAUCCACGCGCAACCCCAACGUGCAGCUGGUUGCAUUCACAAUUCUCGACUCGUGCAUGAAGAACUGCGGACGCGUCUUUCAGAUUGAAGUGGCUGCAGCGGACGUGUUGGACAAGAUUGCUGGUUUGUUGCAAACCAAGGUGCAAACCAACGCCAAAGUGUGCGAUCGCAUCAAGGAGCUUAUUCAAGACUGGGACACUGAUUUGAGCAACAUCACUGCCUUCCACCGAGUGUAUGAAAACUUGAAGCGCGAGGGGUACGACUUUCCACCCAAAAAGAAGCCCACAUCGACAUCGUCGGCUCCGCGACCCGCUGCCGCUGCUCCAGCAUCGCAGGAAGAUGCCGAGCUGGCCAUGGCCAUUGCUCGCUCGUUGCAAGAAAGCCAGCCCAAAGUCACUCCUCCCUCUUCCCAGCCUCCACCGCAGCCUUUGAAGGCUCGAUACGCUCGAGCUCUGUUCAAUUUCGACACGACGCACGAUGACGAGCUUCCGUUCAAGGAGGGCGACAUUCUCACGCUGCUCAACACGUCGGAUGCAAACUGGUGGCAAGGAGAGCUGCGAGGCCGCACAGGUCUGAUCCCCGUCAAAUAUGUCGAAGCUGUUGACGACCAUACGCCCACCCAGCCUGCUGCUGCUGCUGCUGCUGCUGCACCCGUUGCUGCUGCUGUGACAGCCGCUCCAUCCGCAGGUGCGACGACCGCCGCGCCAGCGCCCACCAGCGCCGUCGCUCAAACUGCCGAGCCCACCAUCGUCUCUCCCACGAUGAUCAGCGAGCUUUUGCAGCUCAUUGCGAACGCUGACGCAGCUGGCGACAAUCUAGUUGAAAACGAAAAGAUCCGAGUGAUGACUGACAUGUGCAACGCCUCGCGAGCCCCCGUGAGCGCCAAGCUCAGUGACAUUUCCAACCAGAAUGCUCAGCUCAUGGCGCUGAACGACCGCUUUUGCAAAGCCUUCCUGUUGUAUGACCAGUUGCUGAAAACCCCACAACCGCCGAAGGCUGCGCCCUUCCCUCAACCGCAACCUCUCCAGCAAAUGGGCCCUCUUCCCCCGCAGCAGCAGCAACAACAACCAGGCAACUUUGCCUACCCGCCUCAACAACAACAGCAGAAUCAGCAAGGUCCCCGUCCGCAGCAGCCUUUCACGAUGCAACCGGGUCAGGUUCCGGCCAACGCCGGUGCGUGGCACCGGCCUGGCAUGGCAGGGUAUCCUCCUGCUCCUGGCGGCUAUCCACCACAGCAACAGCAACAGCAACAGCAGCAGCAGCCGAAGAGUGGACCAUCUUUCGGCGGUCAGCCGCCGCCCCAGAAUUUGCCGCAAUACGCUCCUCAAGCACCCCAGCAACCCUUCCCGUCACAGUAUGGUGGACAGCCGCAGCCACAUCAGCCGUUCAAUCCCAGUCCCAUGGGUGUUGCUUCACCACCUGGACAGUAUCAACCACCCCAGCAACAGCCAUUUGUUGCCCCUGCUGGUGCGCCGCAAUGGAGUUGA